CGAAAUCGUAUCCCUCUUUCUACUCUUAACUGAAAGAGAAGAGACGACCGGAAAAAAAGAUUCGCUUCUCAGGCGAAGAAAUUAAAUUUCGAACUUGUUGAAGAAAAUGGCGAUAUCUGGGAAUCUGAGGAUCUCUGCGAGCUUAGUAACUCCUUACCAUCACCAUCCUAAACGCCUUUCACCACUAUCUUCUUCUAAGGUUGAUUUCUCUAGCUUUGUGAGCACACGUGUUAAAACAAAGCUCUCUGCAAGGAACACCGGAGGAGACUACGAGCUAUCAUCGCCAAGCCCAGCUGAGCAAGAGGUACUAGAGAGCUUUCUCUUGAACGCCAUCAACAUGAGUCUCUUCGACCGUUUAAACCUCGCCUGGAAGAUCAUCUUCCCUUCCCGCGCGGCGUCGAGGAGAAGCUCCAACGCGAGGAUCGCCAAGCAGCGGCUCAAGAUGAUCUUGUUCUCGGACAGGUGCGCGGUCAGCGACGAAGCCAAAAGGAAAAUCGUCAACAACAUCGUUCACGCGCUGUCGGAUUUCGUGGAGAUCGAGUCGGAGGAGAAGGUUCAGCUGAAUGUCGCCACGGACGGUGACCAGGGGACCAUUUACUCGGUCACGGUGCCUGUUAGGAGGGUGAAAGCAGAGUACCAAGAAGUCGACGAGGUUGGAUCUAUAUCCGAUGGGGAUUACAAAGAUACCCUUGAUGGUUCUGUGGAUGUCAGGUUCGACUUUUAUGUUCCGGAGUAAUAAGAAGUGGGGGCACGGUCUUAUUAGAGUUGGAUUCUUGAACAGUGUCUUGUUUGUCUGUUUUCUUGAAAUUUUAGUCUGUAAGGGAACAAAGAAAGUUUCUUACAACUCCUAUUGUGUAUAUAUAUAUGCAACUUAUCUCUUCAAAGUUUUAA